AUGUCACUGAAAAGCAGCAGCGACCAUGAGGAGGAUGUCAAUGCAGAUGAAGAAGAAUCUCCGGGUUCCACCCUGAUGGAAAUUAACGUCAUAACUCAGGGGGGAAACGAGAAAAUAUUGAUUUGGGAGGAGUCGUCUGUGGGAGAGCUUAAAGAGGAAGUAUCCAAAAGAUUUGAGGCCCCCCAGCACCAAUUGGUGCUGAUUUUCACAGGGAAGAUUCUAACGGAUACCAAUACCCUGAAGCAGUAUGGUAUCAAAGACGGACACACCGUUCAUCUUGUUAUCAGGACCUUCCCAAAAUCAACAGAUGGCGGUGCAUCUCAGACCAGUUCUGCUUCUUCCGCACCUCACACCAUCAGCACCAGCAGCAGCCCCAGCACCAGCACCAGCACCAUCCCAACUUUAGCAGGUAGCACCGGUGGACCCGGCGACCUGUCGGGCUUGUUAGGUCUCGUCAUGGGUUCACCCAACUUUAUGCAGAUGCAGAUGCAGAGGCAGAUGAUGCCCAACCCACAGAUGCAGCCGCAGGCUUUUGGGAACCAGACGUUCCGGCACAUGAUGUCCAACCCAGACCUGAUGAGACAGAUGUUACCAGGCAAUUUUCCGAUGCAGCAGCUCCUCGAACAAAACCCAAACGUUUCUCGCAUGAUCAACAACCCUGAGUUUAUGAGACAGUGUGCCGACUGGCGGUCUCACACUUCCUCCAGACACAGGGAGCAGUGUCCCUCCAGCCACAGGGGGCAGUGUCCCUCCAGCCACAGGGGGCAGUGUCACUCCAGCCACAGGGAGCAGUGUCCCUCCAGCCACAGGGGGCAGUGUCACUCCAGCCACAGGGAGCAGUGUCCCUCCAGCCACAGGGGGCAGUGUCCCUCCAGCCACAGGGGGCAGUGUCCCCCCAGCCACAGGGAGCAGUGUCCCUCCAGCCACAGGGAGCAGUGUCCCUCCAGCCACAGGGAGCAGUGUCCCUCCAGCCACAGGGAGCAGUGUCCCUCCAGCCACAGGGAGCAGUGUCCCUCCAGCCACAGGGAGCAGUGUCCCUCCAGCCACAGGGAGCAGUGUCCCUCCAGCCACAGGGAGCAGUGUCCCUCCAGCCACAGGGAGCAGUGUCCCUCCACAGAACUCCCCCUCUGCUGCCUUACCACCAGGAUCUAUUCCCUCACAGUGCCGGAGACUCGUUUUCAGCAGCAGCUUGACCAGCUCAACUCCAUGGGCUUUAUCAACCGUGAGGCUAACCUGCAGGCGCUUAUCGCGUUCGGAGGGGACGUCAACGCUGCCGUUGAAAGACUGUUGACCUAA